AUGGCCACCACAAACGAUUUCCCUGCAUCCGACGUCAAUAGCUAUGACUAUGUUAUUGUCGGCGGUGGCACGGCCGGCUGUGUCAUUGCUAGUCGGCUGGCUCAGUACUUGCCCAAUAAGCGGAUUCUAGUCAUUGAGGGUGGUCCCAGCGACUUCAUGGAUGACAGAGUCCUUAAUCUGCGGGAAUGGCUCAACCUCCUGGGAGGCGAGCUGGACUAUGACUAUCCCACCACAGAGCAGCCCAUGGGCAACAGUCAUAUCCGUCACUCUCGCGCCAAGGUCUUGGGUGGUUGUUCCAGCCACAACACUCUCAUUUCCUUCCGCCCCUUCGAGUAUGACUGCAGAAGAUGGGAGGAGCAGGGUUGCAAGGGCUGGUCCUUUGAGACCUUUACUCGUGUCCUCGACAACCUGCGGAACACUGUGCAGCCCGUUCACAGCCGUCACAGAAACCAGCUGUGCAAGGACUGGGUGCAGGCUUGCUCGACUGCCAUGAACAUUCCCAUCAUCCACGAUUUCAACAAGGAAAUCCGUUCCAAGGGUGAACUGACCGAGGGUGUUGGUUUCUUCUCCGUCUCGUACAAUCCAGAUGAUGGCCGUCGCAGCAGUGCUAGUGUGGCAUACAUCCACCCUAUUUUGUGCGGUGAGGAGAAGCGCCCCAACUUGACAAUCCUUACCAACGCGUGGGUGUCUCGCGUGAAUGUCGAAGGAGACACCGUCACCGGUGUUGACGUGACUCUGCAAUCCGGUGUCAAACACACCUUGCGAGCCAAGAAGGAAACUAUUCUUUGUGCCGGUGCUGUCGAUACGCCGAGAUUGAUGCUCCUCUCCGGUCUGGGACCCCGUGAGCAGCUGAGUUCUCUCGGGAUUCCGGUCGUCAAGGAUUUGCCUGGCGUUGGUGAAAACCUCCUCGAUCACCCAGAGAGUAUUAUUAUCUGGGAGCUCAACCGUCCUGUUCCCCCCAAUCAGACUACUAUGGAUUCGGAUGCGGGCAUCUUCCUGCGGCGCGAAGCUCCCAAUGCGGCUGGCUCCGAUGGCUGUGCCGCCGAUAUCAUGAUGCAUUGCUACCAGAUUCCCUUCUGCCUCAACACGACCCGUCUGGGCUAUGAAACCCCCGUUGAUGCCUUUUGCAUGACACCCAACAUUCCUCGCCCCCGCUCUCGUGGUCGUCUCUACCUCACCUCGGCAGACCCCUCCGUGAAGCCGGCUUUGGAUUUCCGCUACUUCACUGACCCCGAGGGCUACGACGCCGCAACCAUCGUGGCCGGUCUCAAGGCGGCGCGCCGGAUUGCGCAGCAGGCUCCGUUCAAGGAUUGGAUUAAGCGUGAGGUGGCGCCGGGACCUAAGGUCCAGACUGAUGAGGAAUUGUCAGAGUACGGUCGCCGUGUGGCUCACACGGUCUACCACCCUGCUGGUACCACCAAGAUGGGAGACAUCUCCCGCGAUCCCAUGGCUGUUGUCGACCACCAGCUCAAAAUCCGUGGCCUGAAGAAUGUCCGUAUUGCGGACGCUGGAGUUUUCCCUGAGAUGACCACCAUCAACCCGAUGCUGACUGUGUUGGCUAUCGGAGAACGCGCUGCUGAGCUGAUCGCUGAAGAGGCAGGCUGGACUCGGGAGCAGCCCAAGCUGUAG